AAUGCGAAUCUAUAUUUUAACCUAUCCUUAAAAUGCAUUGAAAUAUACAUAAAUAUGAUAAACAUAAAUAUGUGUGUAUCUAUAUGAAAUGUGUUUAUACUAUAUAUAUAUAUAUACGUAUAACCACAAAUCAUAUUAUCAAAAUGUGAUUGGAAUAAAAAUUUUAUAUGUACCAAUAUGAAUCAGAUGUUAGUACAUGUACGCGGUGUAGAUUUUAAGAAACGCGAUAGAAAGCAGACAUAUAUGUAUAAAAGACAAUAUUUUGUUUAAAAUUUAAUAUAAUUAAAAAGAUUAUAUUUAUCAAUAAAUAAAAUAUUAUAUUCUGUUUGAAAUUAAAAAUACUUAUGAUGAACAAAGAAUGUCCGAGUUGUAGACAAAUAACAAAUACAUCACGUACAAGACUUGUAAAAGAUAAUUGUGGGCACAUUAAAUGUCGCAUGUGUUUAAUAUAUGAAGAACAAGGUUGCAAAAUUUGUAUAAAUGAGCAUUGUGUACAAAAUAUCGGGAAUUAUGAUUGCCCUCCUGAGAAAAAAAUACUAAAUGAUAUUUCUGCUUCUGAUAAAGGUAAUGCAUGUAAUGACAUAUUACCUUUAGAAUUAGUUAUUAAUAAAGAUUCUAAACUUAAGACAAAUAACAUUGAAUUAAUUUCUGUUGAUUAUAUAAAUAACUAUGAAUUAUACUCUGAAGAUGUAUUUAAUGAAACAAAGGAACAUAAAUCUUCUACAACAGAAAUUAAAAAUGACGAUAUGUCAAACAAAUAUAUUUCAAACGUGGAAUCUAAUAAUAUACUUUUAAAUAUAUAUCCACGUUUAAGUAAUAAUGUAGUAGUAAAAUCACCUAGCAAUAAAACAUCAGAAAUUUGCAAUAGGGAGAUUAAAACAGAGUAUCCAACAAAAGACAAGCUAAAAAAUAAGCCAAUAAAAUGUCAUGAUCGUAAUCACAUUAUUGUGAUACCAGGAACACCAGAGAAAUAUAAAUGCAAUAUAUGCAGCAAAAUUUUUCGAAAUAAGAAAGGAAAAUGUUAUCACGAUGCUUGUAUAACAGGUGUUAAACCAUAUCAAUGUUCUUUUUGCGACAGAAGUUUCAUCAAAAGGUCUCAUUUUGAAUACCAUGAAAGAAUUCACAGAGGAUACAAGCCAUAUAAAUGUAAUCUUUGUGACAAAGCAUUUCCUCAGCAAAAUAAGCUUAAUAGACACAUGUACUCACAUGGAGAAAAACAAUUUACAUGUCCUAAAUGUGACAAAAGAUAUUCCAAACAAGAUGACUUAAAAAAUCACUUAGAUAUGCAUAAUGAAACAACCACAUAUUCGUGCACAGCAUGUGAAAAGACUUUUAAAAUGUUAACUAAUUUAAAACGCCAUCUAAAAACGCAUACUAAUGAAAGACCAUAUGUAUGUGACCAAUGCAAUAAGAGCUUUAAAGAUAAAUCUUUAUUAAUUCGUCAUAAAAAGACACAUGGAAAGGAUAGGCCAUUUUCAUGUGCACAUUGUAGUAGAGUAUUUUUAUCCAAAAGUGAAUUAAGGCGUCAUUUGACAGUUCAUUCAGAUGAAAAACCAUUUUCUUGCAAAUACUGCGAAACUGUAUUUAGGAGAAAAGAUAAUUUACAUAGGCAUAUUAGACAUCAUCAUCCAGAAAGUCCAUCAUUUAAUAAUGAUAAAGUACAGAAUACGGUUUCUGAAACGAAAUUAAUGAAACAUAGACAGAUAAAUUCUAAACAAAAGCAAACGACAAAGAAAACACAAAAAGUUGUUUCUAAUUUAUUACUAAAAACUCCAACUAAAGUAUCAGUAGUUUGUAUAAGUUCGUGUGACCAAAUCAGUUCUAGAUUAGAUUCAAUGGGUAAUAUCACACCUGUUAUAAGAACUACCAAUGAAGUGAGUAAUGCAGUUUCUGUUAUCAAUGGACCAAUUAAUAUUAAAAAUCUAGAUGAUAAGUCUGAUACCAAAAGAAAGACAUUUACAUAUACAGAACCAAUACCUCUCGCUGAAGCAGUGGUAAUAAAUAAACGUAUUGAGGAAAAGUUAUAUCCACAAAACGCAUCGAGUCAUAAUUACUUUCUCAGAAACUGUUUGAAUUGUACAGAUUAAUCAUAUUCUAGCCUUGCAAAUCAAACAUCUCGCACAAAUUCUAAUCAAUAAU